AUGACCGACAAUAAUCCACCACAAAACCAGGGAACACACCCGAAUAGUCAAACACCACAAGACGACAUUAAUUGGGAAAACCCACCGAAGAAAAGAAAGUGUCUGAGAUUAACCUCAAUCAUGAUAUUCGUUGCGGCUGGUAUAGGAAUAAUUACUUACGGCGUCAUUGAGAGAACUAUAACCGAAUACGAAGCUGAUAAUGACAACUGCGCAAUGAUCAAAAAGGAAAAUAUUACAUGCUACACAAAGAAAGAAAAGACAACUUAUCCAGUUCUUUUUAACCUUAGCUUAGGAUUGUUUUCCAUCAUACUCGGCACUAUUGUUGAUCGCUUAUCCAUUUUCGUUCAAGAACUCUUUCAGUUGCAAAGUCGUUACAAUGGAGAAUAUUGUAAGGUGUUUAAAUCAUGUUUCAGAGGAGUCCAUUGGGCUGCCAUCUUUGCUGUAAUCGGAUUCCUCGUAAUAAUCGUCUGCCUAAUUUACGGGUUGGGGAGAGAACCGUCAUUUCAUCUUGUAGACAUAAUUUAUAUCUUAGGCGGAAUCGGUGUUGGCCCACUUCUAAUACACUUGCUUAACCUCAAUACAAACUCCGAAGUUGACGUUUCAAUAAUUUUGGAGGAAAUGGAGAUGUAUCCAGGUUACACUCUGGCGUGGUCAUAUUAUUUCAAUCACCUGGUACCUGCAGUGCACAUAUUAAACGAUGAGAUAAAAAAACGACAAAAGCAGCGGAGAGGAAUAACACUAUCGCUGCAUAAACUGCUUUUGCUCUUACCCCCUAGUACACAUUUAGCUGACAUUGCCGAAUUGACUUCCAAGGACGAACAAAUUAAUAAAUUAGGUUGGAGCCCUUACCCGUUUCCUGUUUAUGAAUUCACAAAUUAUGACAAAAAAUGUUUUGCUAUGCAAUGCGUCAACGAACCUAUAAAGGCCUUGAGGUAUAUGAAAGAAUUAGAACGCAUCAAAUUCGUAACACGCGAUACUUACAAAGAGGAAGUAAAACGCUUUUACAAAACACUGUGUGAAAUUAUAGAAGACCCACCAGACGACCAAUGUGCAAUGAUGGGUCUCGUCGUGCCUGUGACAGUGAGAACUGGAGAUACGGAAAAAUUACAAGGCGGAGGACUCGCACGGAUUAUUAUGGAUAAAGUUAACGCACAAUCUGCACCAAAUGAACGCGAAAGUAGCAGUCGUUGCUGUUUUCGUUGUUGUUGUUGUUUCUGCUGCUGCUCAAAUGAUGAUGAAGAAUCCGAGCAGCAUAUGCUUUCUGCAGAAAGUGACGAGCAGGAUGCACCUGUAACACCCGUUGAUGUUGAGGCUACUUCCAGUACGUCAAAGGAAUGGCAAGAAGUUGUGUGA